ACGUUUCGUGUUCGUCCCGACCGACCGUUCCAAAACUGCGAAAUUCUCGCGAACUGUUCGCCGUACGUGCAAAAAUAAAUCGUUUUGCCAUCAUCGUUGGAUCAUAAAUUGUUCCGGUCGUUCCGUAAUUUCACGGAAUUCCUAAGUUUCUUUCGUUUUCCGUCGUUUAAAGUGCGUGUUCCGAGUGAGUGUCCCUCGAAAUUUUGAGCAUUUUGUUGAACGUGUUCACUGUGUUUACAUUUGUGGAAAGUGGUCUCGUUGUGCAAAUUGGCACGAAAAACAACCCGAUAGAAUCGAAGCCUUCUGGGGGAAAAGUGUCCUAUUGACCCCGAUUUCAGAAGUACAUAUCGUCAAAACAGGUUCUACGUGAAGAUUCUGCAGCCCACGGUAGUAUCGGAGAAAGUGAACCUGUAGUAGAGUGUGCAGCAGCGCGAUGAUGUCUGCUAGCGGUGAGGGGGCGACACCUUCGCCGCUACCGCCGUCGUCGUCGACGGCGGGGGGUGGAAGUGGUGCUACCAAUAAAAGUGACACGUCGUCACGAGCCGCAGCCGCUCCGGUGAAGAAUCCGCUGCUCAGUAUGCAGGUGACCGGGCUGACGUUGGAUGAUUUUGCCCAUCAUGCGUUACUGCUUCCGGCGGCCCCGCCGCCACCGCCACCCAAGGAACCUACUCCACCGCCGCUGCUGGAAGUGAGCCGCGAGUCGGAAACAACAGACAUAAGAAAACCCAUAGUUUUCGGUGGAGCAGUUCCUGAGCUUCAAGACCCAGAUAGUUUUAGCGAAAUAGAUCUACACUCGACGGCAGAUUCGCUGAGCAACGCACCUCCUUCGACUAACGAGUACAAUCCCUUACUGGAUCUGGAAGAUUCGGAACAGCGGGAACCAAAUUCGUACCUUCAGCAGACAUCUGCCUUGACAGCACAAUUUGCAGCUCAGUUGCCAAACGUCGCCUCCACGGUUUUCUCCACAUUUAGUCGAGUAAUCAAGGGAACAUCGCCAGGCCCCCAGCAACCACUAAGCCAAUCGUUAGCUGUAGAACAGCCUUCGUUUCCUCCGCCAGUAGUCGCCUAUGAUUACUCCCAGCCGGAGAGAUACAUUCAGGACUCGAACAGCUACUUAGCUCAACAACAACAGCAAGGACCUCCACCGCCACCACCUACCUUCUUCAACCCAGAGGCGAUUAGUCAGUCUGGACCGGCUCAUCCUCCUCCAGCAACUGCAGCUGGUUCCAAUACCUACCGCCUAGGCGGCGCAAAAAAGAAAACCUACGCUCACAUUCCGGGUCUGAGCACCGCAGGACCACCGCCAACAGUGGUAGCUCCAGUGCAAGCCCAAGACCUUAGUCACUUCGCUCCACCUCCGGAAGUAACUUCUGAAGCUGCUAGUCGAGAUCAAUCGCAAAAGCCAGGCUUUUCGUUUUUUGAAAAACUACCAAACCUCUUAGAGAAGAUCCCAAAGCCGGCAUUCACCGGAUCGCAGCAACCAUCGGUACCUCCCAAUCCUACUAACUACUUUGGAGGACCAACUGUACAACCUUCAGUCUCAGAACCAUUAGUGACUCCUUCCAAUCCUCCCAACUAUUUUGGAGGACAAUCUGUACCGCAGCAUCCUCCUCUAGAAGUAUCACCAUUCGCCCAAUCUCUACCUUCACAGCCGACCUUAGAAUCGCUUGAUCCUCCUACUAGCUUACCACCUCCUCCAACGUUCUUCACUCCAGCUCAAAUCCCAUCGGUUCCAAACCUCCCUCAUCAUCAGCCCUCAAAGAAUCCCUACAGCUCCAGCCAUCUGAACAGGUCUUCUGGUCUGUACAAAAACGCCUUAUCAUCUACAACUCCAGCGACAAUACCCACAUUCCUUCCAAAUCAAGAACCACCCAAAAUAUCUUCCCCUACCAAUUUCUUUCAACCACCUUCCUUCGAAGCUCAACCUGCACCACCUCCCGUGCAAUUCUUCAAUCCUCAGCCUGUCCCUAUCCCCGUCGAACACCCGACGUCUAUUUUCCCCGCUACUACUGUUGAUCCCAUCGUAUCAUCUUCGUCCCGUCCCCAGUCCUCACUGAGUGAAUCGUUAACGCGAAAGUCUAGCCUCUUCGCUCCGUUUGAGAAAGAUCCAGAGUCCAUAAAUAAAACCGUUCUUGAUAGUCGCUCGAAAUCCAGCGAAAACGUCCUCUCGCCUCCACCACGACCCAACUCAAACCUCAGCGAGCCGGCACUCUUCAGUAGCGAAGGACAGCCACUCAGUUUGUUCAAUCCCGAAGCGCUCAGUUCACCAACUCCACCGGCUCCACAAGUACCUGUAGGCUUUUUGCAGCCGCAGCAACCGCAACACCAGCCCAUAGACACAGUGAAUUUCUUCAAUCCGUCGCUUGUAGCUCAGGCACCGCCGGAACUGCCUCCGCCACCGUCGAUUGCAUCGUUGGGAUCCAAACCAUACAAUCUUCAGAAAACUAAGAGACCUACUUACGCAGUUCCUCCGAGUCUGACGAACUCAUCCACGGUUCCAUUGCCUGCUCCUUUGAAUCAAUUUACGGUGCCAGUUCCACCAACACAACUCUUCAACCCGGUAGCCGCGGAUCCAUUCGACUUGACCGCACCACAACUGCAGCAACAACAACCACCACCAAAUCAAGCGCAACCUGUUUCUUUCUUCAACAACAACAACAUAGUAGAUUCAACCGCGACAACCUACUUCAAUCCGGUUGCCGUCGCACCGCCACAGGACUUGAACGCAAACUCCGGUCCUCAACCAACUUUAUUUAGUCCACAACCGACACAACAACUGGAACCGCAGCGUCCACCAUCCGCCGUCAGCCAGUUCUUCUCCUCGGCUCCGAACGACAUAAACGCCAACUUCGCCAAUCUCCAGAUAUCGCCGCCAAAACCCAAAGAACCCCUUACGAAUCCCUCGGACUUCUUCAAUACCGAUCUCUCGCCAGCACAACCCUCAGUUGCAACAACGGGUCAAUCACAAUCGCAAGUGAAGCUCUUUAGCUUCUUCGGACAACCACCGGCGAUCGAGCCGGCUAACGUUCCCGCUACAGCACCGGUCCUAUAUCCUCAGGACAGCGUCGACCAAGCUUCACUAUCCUUGGAGGAUUCCCCCUCGAAGGGAACCGACGGUAGUGACGAUCAGCAGCUAAUUCAGGUCAUCGAGCCGGAACCGGUGGACCAGAGCAACGCCGUAAACGACUCGCAGCUGGACGACCGAUACGACGACCCAUCCGAGCAGGAACGCAUCGGCAACGCCCCGGAACCGAUCUUCAGCAGCGACAAUCUGUUCGAGUUCAAAAAGUCCGCCUUCGAAGACGACACGUACUCCAAAGACGUGCUGAUCGACGCCAACAGUAGUAGCAUGGCAGCGAUGACGGCCACAGCAGUGCCACCCUCUAACUCGGCCAUCGUCGACAGUUCGAUGGCUUCGAUUACGGAAGCUUCUACCAAUAUCGCUUAUCGGCCGAUCUACCGGCACUGGUUUUUCAAGCGAGAAAUCGAAUCCAAGGUCAUCUGGACACCGUUCUCGAUGAGCGAUUCGUUGGCUCUGGAAGAUGCUUUGCCGUUGAUUAGGAAUGAGGACGCAGACGACACGGCUGAACCGAGCAGCCCGGUGAUCGUACACGUUGACGGUGGUCGUCAUGACGUUAUGGUCAAGGAUCGCAAGAUGACUCCGGUGUACUGGAAGGGUGCUUCCCAGGAAGUCCGUAGAUGCUCGUGGUUCUACAAGAACGUGGAUUCAAGAUACGUACCGUACGAUGAAGAAGUGGCCGAACUGCUGGAGCGUGAAUACAAGGAGGCAGCUACUUCUGGGGAGUGGCAUCGACGGGUUGUUGUACCCAAUGGGGAAACGGUUGUAUUCCACGGACCUUCGGUGAUCGUUCACUUUCUACAAACGCAAAACCCGGAUGCUUGGGGAGGAAGCUCACCGGUUCCUCCAACGACGAAUCGACCGCGCAUCGUCAAGCGAGGUGUCGACGAGUUUAACAUAGAAGACGGCGAACCGGAAAGGGUAGAUCAUCUCCUGUUCAUGGUUCACGGUAUCGGCGAGGCAUGUGAUCUCCGUUUUCGACCGGUUGAAGAGGUGGUCGACGAGUUCAGAAGUAUUUCAGCACAGUUGGUUCAGAGCCACUACCGAUCCUCGUUCGAUCGAGGUGAUAUCGGACGGGUAGAAGUGUUGCCAAUUUCGUGGCACAAUGAUCUCCAUUCGGAAGAGUCCGGGGUCGACAAGAAACUGAAGGCUAUUACGUUGGAAUCGAUUCCGAAGUUGCGCAACUUCACCAACGACACCGUGCUGGAUGUGCUGUUCUACACGAGCCCGAUGUUUUGUCAGAAUAUUAUUGACGCAGUUGGCAAUUCGUUGAAUCGGCUGUACGCGUUGUUCUUGGAGCGGAAUCCGUCAUUCAAGGGUGGCGUUUCGCUUGCUGGACAUUCUUUGGGAUCGCUGAUUCUGUUCGAUUUGCUGUGCCAUCAGAAGGGUACGCCCAUGGAAACGGAGAAUUCGGAGAACCCGGAUCUGUCACCUUUCCUCAGCACUCACCCGACCCCGCGUCCGUUGGCGCACAAAUGUUGCCAACAACAGAUCAACUACGAAGUAGGCCCCGCUGGAACCGGACAGCCGUACAUUGCCUAUCCCCAGCUGUUGUUCAAUCCCAAGAAAUUCUUCGCCCUUGGUUCUCCGAUUGGCAUGUUUGUGACCGUUCGCGGAAUUGACACACUUGGCCUGGACUUCAAGUUGCCGACCUGCGAGGGAUUCUUCAACAUCUUUCACCCCUAUGACCCGGUAGCCUAUCGAAUCGAAGCCCUCGUCAACCCGGAUCUUAGUACACUGCGCCCCGUUCUGAUUCCGCAUCACAAGGGCCGCAAGCGGAUGCAUCUGGAAUUGAAGGAAACGAUGCUUCGUGUCGGAACCGACUUGAAGCAGAAAGUACUGGACACAUUCCGAAACACGCUGGACGCGGUCUACUCGAUCACAUCAAUGCACAGACCCGAUCGCAAAGCGAUCGAAUGCGAAGUGGACAAAGUUCUGGAAGACCAGCUCAAGUUCGAAACGGGAUCGUCCUCGUCCACCUCGGAUCUGGAUACGGGCGAGACGGACUUGCCGCUGGGCAAGCUCAACCAAACGCGUCGGAUCGAUUACGUCCUGCAGGAAGCCCCACUGGAGUUCUUCAACGAGUAUCUGUUUGCGCUGACUAGUCAUGUUUGUUAUUGGGAAUCGGAAGAUACGAUGCUGUUCCUGAUGAAGGAAAUCUACUCCAGCAUGGGGGUCCAGAGCGACAGUCAGAUCCCGCAGCAAUCGAUGACGAUCGAACGACCACGGGUGGUGAGCCCAACACCGGCGGGAAGCGCGGCCGCAGUCAACUUCAACCUGUACCCCCAGCAACCGACCACGAGCGGAACGGUGACGGGGAUGCCGGGUGCAACGGGUCGAUAAGUUACUGUAAUGCUUGAGAGGUAUCGUAUGUGCGUAUGUAUGUUUUACCAGCCUAUUUCUACGUGUUUUUAAUACUGUUAACAUUAUAUCGUGUACUACUAUUAUUAAACGAGAGACAAUUUAUGUUCGUAGUUUUUGAUUAGAAAACACUAUUUACUUAUUUCGUUGCAAGGUAUUUAUAAAUUGAAUGGGCGUGUGUAUGUUUGCCAAACGGUAUCGGUUGUGAAUCAUUACUUUGAGUUUUGAUUGAGUCUUUUGAUUGAGAUUCAAAAGUAAACGUAAUCAAAAUUUGUACAUCCUGAUUUUAUCGGAGAACAUUCGGUCUGUAAAGAUUGUCCUGCAUUUCUAUCACAAAAUGUGCCACAUGAAGGCCAACAAAUUAGGAAUCAAAUUUAUAUUACUGUACUCUAAGGGCCGAUUUCUUCACCUCGGCUUAACUCGUAAGCCAGGCUUACCCAUAUAGUUAAACCUGGCUUAACGCCUAAGCCAGGGUGAAGAAAUCGGCCCUGAAAGCAUUUAGAAUGUGCAUUAACUCUAUACGCAGAACCAAUUGAACACAAAAAAUAUUAAUUGCAUUUUAAAGCCAGCAUAUUGGCCAGCAUGGUUUUCACAAAAUAAAUUGAAUUUUAUUUUGUUUCUGAUAACGCCAUAAUAAAAAGUUUGUCAAUGUUCCGCAUUCUAAACCGAUAUCGUUUGGAUUUUGAAUGAAUGAAAUUGACUGCAAGAACUGAUCGUUUCGUGUACAUUUUACUAAUACGAGAAGUAAAAGGGAAAACAAGAUAAGUUGAUAGAUGAUUUUCAAUAAUUAUUAUUUUACGUGGGAAGAUCGAUGUCCACUAGCUGAAACGCAGAUAGAUGCAAUUUACUAAAAAAAGUGCAUAGCUAGCCCAAAUAGCCUGUAAGAUAUAACAUGUAAGCUCAACUAUCAA